AUGGAGCGACGCAGGCCGCUGAUGACGUCGUCGGACCGCGGGUCCGACUCGGAUCACGGGUCGGCCUCGCCGUUGGCCAGAGGCGGCCAACUCAACGGGAACCACCGGCGGCACCUCAGCAGCGGCGGCAGCUCGGACGACAGCAGCACCGAUCACGACCGCGACCAGCCCAGGAACACCAGCGGGCUGCCGGUGUCGUUCGCGUCCAACCUCAACGACGCCAUCACCGGCGGCGGGAUGGUCCGCGUCGACUCCGCGAAGCACAUACACGAGGCGAUGGCCACGAUCCCUGGCCUGCACAAGCGCGGGAAGAGCCUGGAGCUGCCCAUGACCAAGAGGCUGGCGUUCAGGAAGUGCCGGAGCCUGACGAAGAGGCUGCCCGCGCUCCUGUGCAUGGGCCUGGUGGUGUUCCUGCUGUGCUCCGCGGUCUUCAAGCCGCGCGGCGGGAACGGAGCCGCCGAGACGGAUCAACUCAACUUUGGAAGACCCGACGAUUCGACGAAGAUCCCGAGGGCGGAUCCGCGGGGGGGGGAGCGAGGACGGCGACGCGCGAUGCCGCUCAAGCUGGCGAGCUCCAUAGGCAACGAGCUGGUGCACGAGCUGGAUGAUCUGGGGCGGCCGAUGCUGCGAGGCGCGGGGCACGCGGUGUCCUCGGGGCUCUCCGCCAUCGGGCACAUCGGCGGACACAGGAGACAUCGGCCUCGCGGCGACGACGUCGACGACCGGUGA